AUGGAAAUGUAUGGUGUUUUUGAAACUCGGAACCCGGAUGCUUACUGGAUUGAAGAUGCUGAUUUAAAUUCACGCUUUGCAAGCCCGAGCUUUGAACAGUCUGGUGCAUUGUUUAAUGAAGGAGCCCCUGAAUUUGUUGACCAGAGCAUGUAUUACCCUGCUGCAACCAAUUAUGGGUAUUAUGGUACAGGAUUUGAACCGCCCGGGGAAUGGGAGGACCAGCAGAGGAUUUUUGGUAUAGAGGGUCCUGAUGUUCAGUACAUGGGUGGACAAAAUGAAAAUUUUCCAUAUGUAUAUUAUAGCUAUGGAUAUGCACAGUCUCCAUAUAAUCCGUAUAAUCCGUACAUACCAGGUGCAGUGAUAGGAGUUGAUGACUCAUUUUGUGGAGAACAAUCUUAUUACACCCUCCCUAAUUAUCAAGAUCCUGCUUCUUCACCUUCUUAUGUUCCCCUUGUUCAACCUGACAAUUUUCCUUAUAAUUCUGCAAACUCCUUGUUUGGAGCCAGCGCUUCUGUCAAUAGACCUGAUGGAAGAGGUUUAAAACAUAAGUUCAAUUCAGCUUAUGGUAACUUUUCUAGGAACUCUUCACAACUUUUAUCAAAUCAAACAAGUUCCUUGGCCAGGGUAUCAGAAGGGCCGAGAGCUAAUGAUGGAAGGAAGCAUGCAAGUGUUUCUGGAAGUAGGUUUCUCAACAUGGCCUCAUCAGCUAUUCAUCAGGAUAGAAGUUCUGAUGCUUCAGUGCAACCAGUAAGUGCUAUUUCUAAUGGGAAUGCUAUUUCUCAUCGUAAUCAAUUGAAAGUAGCUGCUUCAAGUGAAUCUUCUCAUUUUGCAUCAAAUCCUAAUGGACAGUCUGCAGUUGGUAAACUUAGGCCGAAGGUUGACAUAUUUAAAGUAUCAAAUUAUGGAAAUGGCAGCACUGAUGUAUUGGGUGAGCAAAAUCGAGGCCCUAGGACUAGUAGAUCAAAACUUCUUCAGCUGAUUUUCUUGUUUCUUUUUAUAAUUUCUGGACAUCACUGCUUUUCAUUGCUGCCCAAUUGCAGUUCGGGAUGUACCCGCGUAUAG